AUUUCCGAAUAAAAGAAUAAACAAUUCUAUUUAGCAAUUUAGAGAAUUUCCCUAAAUAGUGUUCCUCAUGUUUAUAUAACUUUCCCUUUCGGAGGAUUUCCUUAAAUAGAGUAAAAAUAAAAAUAAUAAAUUAUGAUAUACUCCGUAAAUAAAUGCUCACUUCCCUAACAAAUCAUCACCUGAUAAUUAGUUCACAGAAGAAGAGGUUUAUAGUUGUGGUGACGGCGCUUAUCGCCCACUCCACUUCAAUCCCGAAUUAUACCCAGGUGAAGGUUUCAAGUACUUUCAAUGGGUUCAUGAUCUGCAGCAGCUGGAUAUAUUGUAUAUGAUGUUGUACAGCUCUUUAUGUGCUUGGAUCAACCAGUUUCUUGCUUGCAUGGGAGCAGUGGUUGCUUUGGUUGCUGUGGAAAAUCUCGACCGAUAACAGCAGUGGAUGAGCCAUCAAAAGGACUUCGAAUUCAAGGGAGAUUGGUGAAAAGGCGUAAUAGCAUAUCUGAAGAUUUCUGGAGCAGCAGCACAAUUGAGAUGGAAAACAGCACUGCUCAAUCUCAAAGAAGUUUGUCAUCUAUCAGUAUUUCAAACCCGCUUAAUCCGACCAAUGACCAGGGUUGUGGCUCAGGAAACACUAGCCACCAUCCCGAAUUUGUAAAUCAUGGAUAUCUUCUUUGGAACCAAACCAGGCUUCAGUGGCUUCGAAGUAAAGAACCGGACACCAAAAGAAAAGUUCGGGAGCCAGUACUAAAUUGGAAUGCUACCUAUGAAAGCUUACUUGGCACUAACAAGUGUUUUCCUCGUCCAAUUCCUCUCGCAGAAAUGGUUGAUUUUCUUGUGGAUGUAUGGGAGCAAGAAGGAUUAUAUGAUUAGCCACGCUGACACUGGCCUUGAGUUCUGGAAAAGAUUUGUGUAUAGUUAAGUUUCCAUAAGGGAGAAGCUGAUGAGAGAGGAGGAAGAAAGGUGAUAAUAUUAAGCAGUGGGUUUUUACUUCCCACAAUUUUUUUUUUUUUUAGUUUGUCAAUUGCCAUAACAAAUGCUUGUGAUUAUCCAAUUGUAAAUGCAACACAGACUUGGGACCCAAAAACUAAGCUAUGUGACUCACAUAAUGUGUGUUUCUCCAUGAAUGAAUUGUCAAAAGGGGAAAGAGCAAAUUUAUUGAAGCUGCCAAAAAUCUACAAACUGACAUUUCAAGAUAUGCGAUGCAAAUAUGAAACAUCUAUGUACCUAAUCCUAUCCUAGUACUCCGUAUAUUAUAGACUUAGUAACCAACCUAUUGGUCA